UGCUCGAUCCGCUUAGAAGAGAUGCACUAUUCACUGAGCCGUGGUUGCUCACCCCUCUAUUUUACAAUGUUUUCCAGGUCCCUCGAUUAACGAUGAGUAGGUACGAGAGCGAUAUGGAUGUGGGGACUUUUAAGAGUUAGAUUUUGGGAGCUUUGAGGCUGUGUCCUUUGAGUGGAAGGACGGCGGUGUCAUCCCCUAUUCAUGCUGUUUUGGGGUGUGACAGAUGUCCUGUCAUGGAAUCUCUUUCAGACCCCUCAUGUGCCUUUUCAUUUGUGAUGGGGGCUUUCGAACUUUAGUCUCAGGCGAAAUCUUCACUGAUUCGCUCGACAAACUUCAGUCCUGCAACUUUUUAGCUAAGUAUUAGCAGCGAUCUCCCCCAAAUUCUACGAAGUACAUUCGUUUCAAGUCCAUCACGGAAGAAAACCUAACAUCUGUUAGCCAUGACCACCACGCUUAAAGAGAAUCCUCCGUCUCUCCUCUCUCUCUCUCUCUCUCUCCCUCAGUCUUCAGUGUUUCUCAUGACUAUCACCGAAAUGCCGUCACGACUUUGUACUCUCGAUAUAGCCGCACAAAACCCACACCGGCUAUUCUCAUGCAGCCCCACAAGCUUUGAGCACUUUAAAUAGUGCUUGCAUGGGCAUGGGAACAAACACAUGCCCAGACGCUACACACGCCACUUGGACUUUAAAAAGAGACUCCAACCACCCCACAAGCUCUCCUUAAAUUCCCUCUCCCUUUCCCCCCUCUUCUUCUCUGCAUUAUGACACUUUGCUAUACUCAGGAACCUGUACUACUCUUGUGCACAUUUCCCUCCUAAUCCAACACCAAGAAACAUGGCCUUGAUCUCUGUUUUCUCUUCCCUCAUCCAUCCUCAGCUUCGCCCUAUGGUCUCCAAAAUGAGCCUCUUCGACGCGCUAAUCUUCCUCGUGAUACAUGCGGUGGACAAGCUAGGAUUAUGGCACAGACUGCCGGUGUACAUGGGGCUUGCCUACGUGGGGAUGAGAAGGUACUUGCACCAGAGAUAUAAUCUCAUACACGUUGGUAGUGUUGACGGCAAGAAGUAUGAUACUCAGGCAUUCAACUAUCGGACGGCGGACGGAAGGUGCAACCACCCGAGCGACGAUGUCGUGGGUAGUCGAGGAACAUUUUUGGACGCAACAUGCCUCCCUCCACUUCAACCUACGGGUUAAUGGAUCCACAUCCAUCUGUGGUGGCAUCCAAGCUUUUGGCAAGAAAAGAGUUCAUUGACAAUGGGAAGCAAUUCAACAUGAUAGCAUGCUCAUGGAUACAGUUCAUGAUUCAUGACUGGGUUGAUCACAUGGAGGAAACUGAUCAGGUUGAAAUUGAAGCACCUGAUGAAGUUGCAGAGAAGUGUCCAUUGAAGUCAUUCCGAUUUAACAAGACCAAGAAAGUGUCAACUGGGUCAUCUCAUUUGAAGAAUGGCUCUUUGAAUAUAAGGACCCCGUGGUGGGAUGGAAGCGUGAUAUAUGGAAAUGACGAUAAUGGCGAGAGAAGAGUGAGGACCUUCAAAGAUGGGAAGCUAAAGAUUUCGGGAGAUGGCCUCCUCGAACACGACGAGAAAGGGAUUCCUAUUUCAGGCGACGUCAGGAAUAGCUGGGCUGGCUUUUCACUCUUGCAGGCCUUAUUCGUCAAAGAACACAACACUGUCUGCGAUAUGCUUAAAAAAUAUUAUCCAGAUCUUGAUGAUGAGAAGCUCUAUCGCUAUGCCAGAUUGGUAACUUCAGCUGUAAUUGCCAAAAUCCACACUAUUGACUGGACUGUGGAGCUCCUGAAGACUGACACUCUUCUUGCUGGAAUGAGGAUAAACUGGUACGGAUUUCUGGGGAAGAAAUUUAAGGAUAUGUUCGGACAUAUAUGCAGUCCGAUAUUGAGUGGAUUAGUAGGUCUCAAAAGGCCGAGAGAUCAUGGAGUUCCAUACUCACUCUCUGAGGAGUUUGUCAGCGUCUAUAGGAUGCAUUCACUCCUCCCGGAUAAACUCAUCCUGAGGGACGUCAACUCAACUAUCCUGGAACACAAAUGUCUGCCCGUUGCAGAAGAGAUUCCGAUGCGGGAAGUGGUGGGACGACAAGGGCAGAGAAGACUCUCGAAGAUUGGAAUGGAGCAGAUGAUGGUGUCACUAGGUCAUCAGGCAUGUGGGGCUCUCUCAUUGUGGAAUUAUCCAUCUUGGAUGAGAAACCUCGUUCCUCAAGAUGUCGAUGGCAAAGAUAGACCCGACUCAAUCGACAUGGCAGCUUUAGAAAUUUACAGAGACAGGGAGAGAGGUAUCGCGCGGUACAACGAGUUCAGAAGAAACGUGCUGAUGAUCCCAAUCACCCGCUGGGAAGAUUUGACUGAUGAUAAGCAAGUUAUUCGAGCCUUGCGAGAAGUCUAUGGAGACGAUGUGGAGAAGCUUGACCUGUUGGUGGGUUUGCACGCAGAGAAGAAGAUCAAGGGCUUUGCCAUAAGUGAAACUGCUUUCUUCAUCUUUCUACUGAUUGCAUCCAGGCGGCUAGAAGCCGACCGGUUCUUUACAACCAACUUCAACACACAGACAUACACAGAGAAAGGCCUGGAAUGGGUAAACAGGACGGAGACAUUGAAGGACGUCAUAGAUCGUCACUUCCCCGAUAUGACGAGGAAGUAUAUGAGAUGUUCAAGCGCAUUCGCUGUAUGGGAUUCACAGCCAACGCCAACCUCACACAUACCCCUCUAUUUGCGUCAUGCGCCUUAAGAUGUACUCCUUCCCUCCCUUUCGAUGAGCUUCAAUUUUUCAUACAUGAGUCUGUACACGUGGUCAUUGCCAUAGUAUAGGUGAAGCUGUAGGGUCUGGAUCAUAUGGGAGCUUUGACUCCUCUUGAGCUAAGCAACCGCCGAUGAUUCUA